AUGAACAAAAAUGGAACAGCUAAAAUGAAUGAUAAUCAAAUUAGAGCAGAAGGUAGAAGGUUAUUUAAACGCUUCUAUAACAUUCCUGAUGGUGUUAAUCCUAAAACUCGUAGAAGCUAUUUAAAUGAAGCAAUAGAUGCAUAUGAAGGGUUUGACAUUUCAUCAGAAAGUGAGAGAUUAGCGAGAAUGUUAAAUGUUAAUAUUGAUUUCUAUUAUUGUGAUCCUCAACCAGAAGACGUGGACAUAAAUAAGGUAGACUUUCCAUUAGUGGAUUCAAUAAUGAUAGAUCCAGAAUUUGAAACAGUAAAUAUUUUAUUAACACAGAGUCCAUGUGGAAAACUUCACGCUGACAGAAUAACAGACGUUGAAGCACUCACCGGCUAUAAAGUUUGUCCAUAUUGUAAAGAAGAAGUUUAUUCUAUCCGUGAUGAUCCAGAAAGGAAAAACCAAAGAAGAUUUUUAAAGCAUUGUGAGAAAUGUAAAGAAAAUAAUGGAAGAUUAAUUCAAGACGUUCAAUUGCAAAAGACCCAGCAACAAUAUACACCACAUAUUACGAAACAGAAGAUAUAUCAGUGGUUAUUAGCUCACAAUUUGCAGAAAUAUUAUAAACCGACAAGAUAUUAUAUUACUUUUGACUUUGAAAUAUUAGAGACUAAAGAAGAAUUACAACUUUCUGAGUGUGCAACUUUGAACGCUUACUUAAAACCAUUCAUGGUAUCAUCAACGGUUAAAUUAAAUGAUAAAACAUAUACGAGGAAUUUUUGCUUAACUUCGAGUGAUUCUUUUAUUUCUGAUUGGAUUGAGUUUUUAUUUUCAACCUGUUCAUUAGUUGUUGAAUCAAAUAUUGAACAAUAUGAAGAAUUAAUGAAGCCGCAAACGGCGGGGACUUUGUCCCAUACAUUAAAUGAAAAACAGAAGGAAGCAUUUAAAGAACUUCUAGAUGAGGAAUUCAAUAAAGUGAAUAUCAUAGGUUUUAAUUCGGGAAAGUUUGAUUUAAAUUUAAUUCUUCGUGAUUUAAACACUGCAAAAUGGAAAAUAAAAUCAAUGCUGGGUUCAUCUUCACAAUUUAAGCAAAACAUUGUAAAGAAAACAAACGUUCCAUAUGAAUUGAGAUUUAUUGACAUCAGAAAUUAUAUAGCGGGUGGGACAUUAGACCAAUUCACUCAAGAUUUCGGAAACAAUAAAUCACGUGUUAAAUCCUUUUUCCCUUAUCAAUUCAUCACGUGGGAAAAUUACGAAGAAGAAUUAUAUAAAGUGGAACCAUUCACUCAAGAUUCAUUUUAUUCAGCAUUAACUCAAGAAGCUAUAUCAGAUAGUGAUUAUCAAAUAUAUCUCAAUGAUGCUAAAAACUUUAAGAAUAGAUUAGAAUAUUUUAUUCAUUAUUGCAAUAAAGAUGUUGAAAUUAUGAUUGACCCAAUUGAUAAAAUUAUUGAAGAAACAUUUGUUUAUAAAAUUGACACGCUUCAUAAUCUUUCUAUAUCAUCGAAUGCUUCAAUGAUUCGUUACGCUUUAGCAUAUAAAGACUUUAAUCCUAAUGAAAAAUAUCCUGAGGAAGAGAUAGAAUCAAGUUUUGAAUUAACGAAAAAGUAUUGGAAAUAUAAAAUUGAAUCAUAUAAGAAACAAGAUGAAAAAGCAGAAAGGGAUACUAAAAAUAAUGUUUCAAUGGAUGAUUUUCAAUACUAUCACGAUUUAAUCCUUUCAUCUAAAUGCAAAAUGUGUGGUAAAGC